UAUAUUUUCCCUACUGACAGUGUCGUUCACAGUUUAAAUUUAACUAGCUUGAUGACCCACAGUCUUUCAAAUCUGAUUUACGCUCUGUCAACAGUUUUUUUUUUCUUUUCAAAACUUGUGUUUGCGUAAACUGUAUUUGUCGUGGUAGUAGUGGUAGCACAUCGCCGACACCACCAACAAAGAGAAGACCGCAAAGGGAAGACGGGCACCCUGUUGACAUUUCGUGUUGUUUUAGUCAUUUUGUUUAACUUCCUUAUUUUGUUUGUUGUGCUUGGGACCACCGCACAUAAGCUAUCAUCCCUUCUUGAGAGAUUGUGCUUUUUGGGGGGGUUGUUCAAGAAGAAUCAGAAAUUAUGAACGAAUUUAAAAAAAUCAUUCUUCAACAAAAUGAAAAAGAUAUUUAUAGGGAUGUCACAGAUCUUACAGACAUUAUUGUCUACCUGCUUUCGAAGAACAUCAUUUCUUCCCAAGAUAGAGAAACCAUAGCAAAUAAUACUCCCAUGAAUAAAACUGCCAUGCUCAUGAAACUACUGUAUCAGAAGGAGGACGGAUCAGCAUGGUUUGAAGAAUUUCUUAUAGCUCUGUCAAGGGAUUACAGCUGGAUUUCAGACAAGCUGUCUGAACAAUAUUACCAUGAAGAAAACAAUCGAAAAACAUUUUAUCUGAGUGGGAAGGGACAAGUACCACCACUUCCUCAACACAAUGUGACUCGGACCUCAUAUGUUGAGGAGCUUAGAAAAGCAAUUGCAAAGUUGCGAAGAGAAGAUUUUCUUGUUGUUCAUGGAAUGCCUGGAUGGGGGAAAACAUGCCUUGUUAUUGAUGCUCUCAAUAAUAUUAGCCUCUUGGAAGAUUCUUUGGAAGGAUGCGUAUAUUGGAUUUCAGUUGGAGAUAUGGGAGAUGAACCAGAUGACUUGCAGUGCAAACAACUGCAGAAGAAAUUAUGUGACAUGGUUAAUUUGCCUAUUAAUACUCAACAAGAUUAUUUUAUUCAGCUCAAAAGAUAUUUUAGUAUAAGACCAAAUAUAUCAGCUCUCUUGGUACUUGACAAAGUCAAGUCUUCCAAAGUAGUUGAUGCCUUGAAUGUUGGUUGUAAGGUGCUUGUCACUACACAAAACACUGAUGUUGUUAAAAAGUACAGUAGGAAGCAAUUCUUCCACAUCCAAAAGGGCUUCUCAGAAUCUGAGUCUGUUAAGCUUUUGCAAGACUUUGUCUAUGAUGACAAGAAUCUUGGACCUUCGCUUAAAGAUAUUGCCAUAAAAAUACAUCACUCUUGGAAAGGGCAUCCAAUGGCUAUUGGAUUAAUUGGGGGUGAGCUCUGUGAAUUUAAAGAAGAGUCGCAAAAAGAUGUUUCUCGUUGGAAGCAACAUGUACGGUCCCAUCAAGGAGAUGUUGAGACAAGAAGGAAUAGUCUUGUUAUUGAACAACUUAGUUCCGUAAUUGAACUUACUACAAGCAAGCUGAAUGACAAUCAUAAAAAACGCUUUGAAAUGCUUGUAGUACUUGUUGAAGACACAAAUAUAACAAUUGAUGUCCUCAAAAUACUUUGGGACUUGGAUCGGUCUGAAGUUAUUAGCACUUUGGACCAAUUUUACAAAAAGAGCCUUGUUUUCAAAAAGUUUAAUUUAAAAGAUGUUCCUGUUUAUGGCAUUCAUGAUAUGCUCAUGGACUAUCUCAUGAAGAUAACUUCACCCUCUACCCGUGAAGAAUUGAACAAGGAUUUGGUUCACAAGUACAUUAAGGCAUGCAAUAAUAAUUUUGCAAAUCUUCCUCAGGACAACUACAUUUUCUCAUAUCUUUGUCAUCACAUAGAAUUUGCAAAUUUGUGGGAGGAAUGCCGUGAUCAGCUAUUCACCUUGAGAUACAUUGAAUCAAAGCUGAGAGCAACAGGACCUGCAGACCUUUUGUUAGAUCUCAGCAAGUACAAAAGUGGUCUUUCAGGUAGUAAUUCUGAAUAUCAUUCCAAAAUUGCUGAUAUUAAACAACUAGUAGAAGAUAGUGGCUGGGACAUUCAUUUUAGUAAUGAAAUUGACAUAGUUCAGUGUGCUUUGCUGCAAUCAAAGAAAAGCUAUUUGUACAAAGAAGGUGUUGAGCUUGCAAAAGCAAGCAAUGCCGAAACAGUUUACUUUUGUCCAAGAAACUCUUGGGAGAAGCCCAAAGAUCUUGAAGUGGAAGUAACGAGAAAUGUAACUGCUGUAAGUCUCACUAACAGUUCUGUCACCCAUGCUAAUGAACGGGUGCUUAUGUACCCCUAUGAAUGUGACAACAAAUUUUACAUAGGUGAGCUCGAUUUGAGGUACAGACUGCCAAGGCGGUACUUUUAUGCUGGUGAUGCUGGUGAUGUAGUGAUGCUGAAGGUAUCUCCAUCUGGUGAUAGAUUCCUGUCAGCACACAGUAAUGGAUUUAUUAAUAUGUGGAGCCUGGCAUCUGCGGACACUCCUCCUCCAAGUAUGAGGCAGAAAGAUUUCUCUCCAUUUUACUGUGACAUACGAACUACACCCUCAUUAUCAUUUUCUCACUAUCGCAAGGUAACUUGCGCCUGCUUCUCAAGCAAUGGCAAGCUGGUACUUUCAACUUCUGAAGAUGGCAAUGUGCAUGUAUGGAAUCUUGAAAAUAAUAGUACAGUGAAUAGAUUUUCUGUUCACCCCAAUCCAUAUGCCAUAUCGUGCUCCUUCAUAUCUGGAGAUAAACUCAUAGCGUAUGCUUGCCAAAAUUUCAAAAUAUUUUGUCAUGAAUUGCAAAAUAAUAAACCGUUUUCAGAUUUUCAACUUAAAAAGGAGCAUGGCAAUCUUGUUUGUCUUUUGUCUGUGUCAGAGGAAGACAAAAAACUGCUAGUUGUUCAAGAGAAAGCUGUACAUCUAUGUCAUUGGGAACAUGAGACACUUCAGCACAGAAAUUCUCAAGAAAGACACCCGGAAGAUGACACCUUUGUCAUCCUGAGCCACCGUGUGUCUUUAUUGACAGUGUAG